GAGCUCACUAAAGCUCCAGCUCUAAUAGGAUGAACAGCUGCUCGUGUGUGAAUGCUCCUUCAUUGUUCGUUUUCUUCUUUCUUUCAUAUUCUCGCGGACUGAUCGAUCAGUGGUCGGAUGUGAUCGGAUGUGAUCGGAUGUGAUCGGGCGUUCUGAUGGAUUUAUCGGUGUAAAGACGCUGUCAAACACGCUGAGCUUGAGAAGAGAUCGAGCGGGGCAUCAUGCGGUCGGAGGGGCUGUUACUGUAUUUCACGCUGCUGCAGACGGCCGGAGCCGCUUUCCCAGAAGACACGGAGCCCAUCAGUAUUUCACAUGGCAACUACACUAAACAAUGUCCAGUGUUCGUUGGACAUAAACCGGGAAACAACACGCAACGCCACAGACUGGAUAUCCAGCUGAUCGUCAUCAUGAACCGGACGCUGUACGUCUCUGCCAGGGAUCAUAUAUACACGGUGGACAUCGAGACGGCGAACACAGACGAGAUCUUCUUCAGUAAGAAACUGACCUGGAAGUCCAGACAGGCCGAUGUGGACACGUGUAGAAUGAAAGGCAAACACAAGGAUGAAUGCCACAAUUUCAUCAAGGUGCUUCUCCAACAGAACGACGACUCGCUGUUUGUGUGCGGAACAAACGCUUUCAAUCCGUCCUGCAGGACCUACAAGAUGGACACGCUGGACGCUCACGGUGAUGAAAUCAGUGGCAUGGCCCGCUGCCCGUAUGAUGCCAAACAUGCCAAUGUGGCCCUCUUCGCUGAUGGGAAAUUAUAUUCGGCAACAGUCACAGAUUUUCUGGCGAUCGAUGCAGUGAUCUAUCGCAGUCUGGGAGACAGUCCGACUCUGAGAACCGUCAAACACGACUCCAAAUGGCUGAAAGAGCCGUACUUCGUGCAAGCGGUCGAUUACGGCGACUUCAUCUAUUUCUUCUUUCGGGAAAUUGCUAUCGAGUACAACAGCAUGGGGAAGGUCGUGUUUCCGCGUGUGGCACGCGUGUGUAAAAACGAUCGCGGCGGCUCUCAGCGCGUUUUGGAGAAGCAGUGGACGUCCUUCUUGAAAACGAGACUCAACUGCUCGAUUCCCGGCGACUCGCAUUUCUACUUCAACAUCCUGCAGGCAGUCACUGAUGUCAUCCACAUCAAUGGACGUGAUGUUGUCAUGGCAACCUUCUCUACGCCAUAUAACAGUAUUCCCGGCUCGGCGGUCUGUGCGUAUGACAUGACGGAUAUCGCAACAGCUUUCACUGGACGCUUUAAAGAGCAGAAGUCUCCUGACUCCACCUGGACACCCGUCCCAGAGGAAAAGGUGCCCAGACCGAGGCCCGGCGUCUGUGCAGGAACUUCCUCUCUGGAGAAAUACAAAGUGUCCAACGAGUUUCCCGAUGAAACGCUGAAUUUCAUCAAGAUUCACCCGCUGAUGGACGAGGCCGUUCCCGCCGUCGCAAACCGCCCGUGGUUCCUCAAAACGAUGGUUCGAUACCGUCUGACUCAGAUCGCUGUGGAUAAUGCCGCCGGUCCUCAUCGUAACCACACGGUCGUGUUUCUGGGAUCGGAACGAGGAAUCGUCCUGAAGUUUCUGGCGAAGAUGCGGAGCGGUUUCCUGAACGACAGUCUGUUUCUGGAGGAGCUGAACGUGUACAACCCAGAGAAGUGCAGUAUUGACGGCGUGGAGGACAGACGCAUCAUCAGUAUGCAGAUCGACAGUCGGAGUCACUCGCUGUUCGUGGCGUUCACUUCAUGCGUCGUCAAAGUUCCGCUGUCACGCUGCGAACGGCACGCCAAGUGUAAAAAGUCCUGUAUCGCCUCCAGAGAUCCGUACUGCGGUUGGGUGUCAGAAGGAACGUGUAAAGAGAUCUCGGCCGACUCAAAAUGGUCUUUCGAGCAGGACGUGGAACAGGGCAACACAGAUGGACUGGGUGACUGCCAAAAUUCCUUCGUGGCGCUCAACGACCGUCAGUCCAGUCAUCAGGCCAAUAUUACCCACAAUGCACCACGCGCAGGACGUGGUUCAUCCACUCUCCUCACUACAGUCCCGCCCGCCGCGGGGGGUCCGCUGAGCCGCGGCCGCAUGGUGAAGUCGAUGGAUCCUCCGCUGCCCAUCGAUAAGAGGGACCCGUAUAUCGCAGUGCCGUCUUUAACACAGCAGGAGAAUGUUGGUGUGAUCCGCGAAACGUUCCAUCGAGACCGCGAUCAGAUGGUUCCAGUCACCCUAUUGGCCAUCGCCGUCAUCCUCGCCUUCGCCAUGGGCGCCAUCUUCUCAGGCAUCAUCGUCUAUUGUGUGUGCGAUCACCGCCGGCGAGACUUUGAGAUUCCUGGUCGCAAAGACAAAGACUCGGUUCAGUCCAGACGAGGCUCCAUGAACAGCGUCACCAAACUGACGGGACUCUUCGAGAUGCAGGCAAAAGACGGCCGCCCGGAGGCCAUCCUCACCCCGCUGAUGCACAAUGGGCGCAUGGCCAAUGGCAAGAUGCUCAUCAAGGCGGAUCAGCACCUGGAUCUGACCGCGCUGCCCACGCCGGAGUCCACGCCCAUGCAGCCGCGCCGCAAGCCCAGCCGAGGGAGCCGCGAGUGGGAGCGGAACCAGAACCUGAUCAACGCCUGCACCAAAGACCUGUCGUCCAUGGGCUCUCCGGUCAUCUCCGACCUGCCGCUGCGGGCGUCUCCGGGUCACAUUCCCAGCGUGGUGGUGCUGCCAUUACCUCAACACCAGCAGGUGUACCAGCACGAGUACGUGGAGCAUCCUCACCGCGUAGAUCUCGCGGACGACCAGACCGCCACACUGGAGUACAAAGCCCUUAAGAGCCCGUGUCACAGCCUCAGUAUGUCAGACAGCGAUGACCUUCCACCGCGCGUUCCGCAGCGCGAGGCAUCUCUGGCCGGCGUCAUUCCUCCGGCCGUCCCGCAGAUGGGCAAGAGACUGGACGUGUAUGGCCGCGGAUAUCCCAUGAACUCAUCCAAGAGUUCUGGCCUCAAGAAACACAACACAAACUCGUCCAACUCGUCGCACAUGUCCAGAAACCACAGCUUCCGCGUGGAGACGCCUCCGCCCGCGCCGCAAAGAGUCGACUCCAUCCACGUCACGUCUCCUCCACCAAUGCUCGGCCUCUCGCGCCACUCCAGCCUGAGCUCCUACGGCUCGCUGCCCCGCUGCGGAUCCCGGCAGCUCAAACCGGACGUCCCUCCCAAACCGUCGCUUGUGUCUCUUUCCACGAAAGUCAAGUCCAGCGACUCCAUGCGAUAAUCCAAGCGGAUAAAGACGUGAACGUAAAACACUAAAGUGCAUCUGCUUUGUACAGUUGUGUACAGGAAAUGCAACUCACCUUUUCCUCUUCACACAUUUUCUUUAAUACAUUUAUGAUGAGCUCAGGCUGGAGGACAAGCAUCUGCUACUGACAGAAGAACUCUUACAGAUCAGCGAGCAGCUCAUGAGAUGAGAAUGUAGCCACGUUGCUGCUGAUGUUUCUGCCAAAAGCACAUCAGACGGGCGAAUUCAGUCAUGAAGCUGCACGACGCCCCAGUUAUCAAGCACUCGGACAUGUUCAGCACGCUCAGACCGAACCUCCGCUGGAGUUUACAAAAGCCUCAGUGUUAGCGCUACUGGACGAAGCAGUCGAGUUCUGCCUUUGUGCAAGAGUUAAAUCACGUCUACUGUAACUGUCGACUAAACAACACAUGACUGUUCAUACUAAUAGCAGGUUGUAUUUAUUUUUUAAUGAAGUGCUUUUGGAGAAAGAGCAACUCUUUUUAGGCUCAACACGAGGCAGGAACGAUCUUUAUAAUUUGAAUUAAUCAAGUGUGAAUUAUUUAAAGUCAUUAAACUGGAGCCAGUAACGUUUGUCCACUAACUGUUUGGAUGUUGCUACGAGAACUCUACGAGAACCGAAGGAACAUUGAUCGCCCGGCGCCAGAGGGGCUCAUGAGUCGAGCUUAAAAUUUAACAGGAACAACAAUCCCGACCGGAGUCCUGCAUCUCACCUCCACGAACAUCUCCACGCAUCUCCUGAAGCGCAACGACAGAUGAACGAAAGCGAACGAGGCGCACUUAGAAACAAGAGACUGACGUGUGGACGUUGGCGCCGUGCCAGCGAGCAAAGACGCUUCGUAUCAUUUUCAAACGGACCCUUUUGUUGAUUCAUUUGUUUGAAAGCUUUCGUUUCCUCCACCUGUAAAUGUGUGCCUUACACCCAAUAGUGACGAGUUUAUUAGCGGUUAACUGUUAAUCGUAGUUCUUAUGAUGACGUUUGUUUCCCUCAUUUGAUUAAAGAAGAAGAAGAAAACACAAAAACAAAGUAAUUCAAGAAUGUAGGUGUCGUCAUUGUCGAUUCUGGUCCCUCCACAAACGAUCUUGUGCUUCAUUUCUGAACAUUGUGCCAAUGAAACGUCCCCUCGACCCCUCCUUGUGCUGGGGCGGGAAUGUUGUCUUUUGGGUUGAUUUUGUUUCAUCUGUUUUUUUACUUUCACAAAGUCCAGAUGAUGUUUUUACACUGUUUGAGAGCUGACUUGAUGAUCUGGCUGGUUGAAGGCAAUAAGAGAUAAAACCUGUGAACACAUGUCACAUGAUGUCUCUCCCAAACGCACAUACAGACGCCUUUAAUGUCCGUUUAUAGGCCGUGAAACAGGCUGGCUCCUGUAUAGAUGCACUCAGUAAUAUUAGAUUCAUGUUCUCAGUGUUUGUGACAGAUUCUGAUUAAUACAAUUUUCUAGCUGUAUCGUUGUGAUGUAAUAUGAGGGAUUCUUAUUGAACCGUUUUAACAUGUUUUAUUGAAUAUUUUUACGUCCGGGAAUCGAGCACUCCUGUAGUUCGGCCGUGUGGUCGUUAAACUCGCAUGUCGUCCACAGCUACUAAACCACUCGCGAAAGACACACAAGUUCAGCUCAGUCCACAGCAUUUGUGCCAUAGUGACGAUUACCACAAAAUAAUUUAGUCUCGUUCCUCCUUUUCUUUAAUUGUGUGUUCCAGUGAGACACUUAUAAUGCAAGUCA